UAAUUUAGAAAUAAAUGAUAAAAUAAUAUCUUUACGUACUUAGGCGGUGUUUACUAAAUAUUUUUUCUUAACUUAGGCGGUGUUUCAAAAUGUAUUUUAUUUCUUUUAGGAUACUCAAUAAUUGUAAUACGCUAUGGAUGGAGAAGAAAUAGAUUCCUGGAGUGAUCUUAGUUCAGGUGAUGAAUGGUUAUUUGGCCAAUUACAAGAAUCAGGACUGAUGUCAAGGCAUAUUAAACGGAGUAAACAAAGUAGCAAAGAAGAUAAAAAAAAAAUUAAACUAGAUUUGAAUAAAAAAAAUAACAUUAAUUCUUCUGACACUAAAGCAUGCAAUUCUACUAAUAAAUAUGAAACUAUUGCAACACCAAUAAAUGAUCAAAGCUUCGGGGAGUCUAUAAAAAGUAUUACAAGUAGCCAGGAUAAUGUAAACACAAUAUUUGACCAGAACAUAGACUUGGAUAAUAUUGAAAACAUUGACAUUCACAAUCUACAAGUUGUAGAAAAAGUUGGUAAUGACUUCUUUAAUCUGCAAUAUAUACCACCCGAAUUUGCUACAGUGACCAUCGAGUAUCCUCAGCCUUCUGCAUUGAAUGUAGCCAAUAUCUCGGUAGAAUGUGAGAACGUUAUACAAGAACUAGGAAAUAUUGACAUUGAAGCUUUAACUACGAAUACUCAAGACCCAGUUUCGGAUAGAGUAAUUAACACAGAUGAAAAUAAAACAAUCCAAAACAAUAUACAGCAAUCCAGCGACUCUGCUACUCCAUCAUGUUCUUCAAAAGUGGUCAUACUCAGUAAUGUUGCUUAUCACGGUGAUUUGUUAAGCCAUAAAAAACGACAGAACAAGGCGACAAAAGAUCCAAAUAAAUAUAAACGCAAUAUAAAUAAAGAAUUACGGAUGAAGGGUGAAAAUUAUUUAGGUUACAGAAGAGACAGAAAAGCAAAGAUUAAUGAAACAUUUAAAGUGAAAUAAGACGUAUUUAAGCCUGCAAGAUCCAUAAAACCACCAUGCACUUCUGCGUUUUGCAAGAAAUCCAAACUCAGGUCAUGUGACAACAUAAACGAGCAACAGCGUAAAUAUUUAUUUGAAAAUUUCUGGAAGAACAUGAACUGGGAGCAGCGAAGAUCAUUUAUAACUUCUCACGUUAAUAAAGUACCGAAGAAAGUUACAAAAAAUCCAGAAUCAUCCAAGAGAACUGAUAGUCGAACUUACGUUUUGACGAUUGAUAAUGUUCGUCACCAAGUCUGCAAAAAAAUGUUCUUGGCCACUCUUGGAAUUAAAGAUUGGUUUAUAAGAUAUUGGUUGACAAAAACCGAUUGUGCUAUGCCUCCCGAUGUGUCUACUUCAACCAGUAAUCGUAGAAAUCCAGGGAAAAUUGAAGACCACAAACAUGUUGAAAAGUUUUUAGCAGAUCUUCCAAAGAUGCCGUCGCAUUACUGUCGUGCUAAAACAUCACGAGAAUAUUUAGAACCAAUUUUCUCGAACAUGACACAGCUCUAUCACGCAUAUAAAGAUAAUUGUGAAUUAGAGGGUAGAGAAUGCCUUGGCCGUAAAUUAUUUGACAAAUUAUUUUUGAAACUCAAUCUUAGCCUAUUCCACCCAAAGAAAGAUCAAUGCGACGUUUGUUGCAGUCAUAAAACUGGAAACAUUACUGAUGAAGAAUACUCUCAACAUGUUCUGAAGAAAGAUCGAGCCAGGAAAGAGAAGGAUACUGACAAAGGAAUUGCACAGUCCGGAGCCUGUCACGUGUUCACACAGGAUGUGGAAUCGGUUAAAUUAGCCCCGUAUCUUCAAGCUAGUGCAAUUUAUUAUAAAACUAAAUUAUGCGUCCAUAAUUUUACAUUAUACAAUAUAGCAACUAAGGAAGUAAUGUGUUAUUGGUUUGAUGAGUCAAAUAGUACGCUUGAAGCCUCUGUUUUUGCUUCAUGCUUAGUAGACCAUCUAGAGAAGGUUUUGAGUAUAAAAUUAUUGCCUGUGGUUUUAUAUUCCGAUGGUUGUUGUGCUCAAAAUCGCAAUGUUACCUUAAGCAAUGCUUUAUUACGUUUAGCGAUUGAAAAAAAUAUUUUGAUUACUCAAAAGUACCUGGAAAAAGGCCAUACUCACAUGGAAUGUGAUUCGGUACAUAGUGCCAUAGAGUGUAAAUUAAAAGGUAAAGAAAUUUACCUUCCACAUCAAUACAUGGCUAUAAGUAAAACUGCUAGGAGUGAUCCUAUGCCCUACGAAGCUCGUUAUUUAGACUAUAGUUUUUUUACAGACUUUUCGAAAGAAUUAAUUUAUAAAUCUAUAAGACCUGGUAAAAAAGCAGGUGACCCUGUCGUCACAGAUUUACGUAUGCUAGAAUACAGACCAAAUGGCACAAUUUGGUAUAAAGUUAGUUUUGAUGACGAUCUUCACCCGUUACCACAUCGCCCCACGCCAAUUAACAGCAUUAAACAAAUAAAUAGCUUGCAGAAAUUGUACGCAGCUAGAAUAUCAAUUACAAAGCGGAAGUAUCAGGAUUUGCAAGACCUAAAAAGUGUAUUGCCAUCUAAUUGCCAUUCUUUUUAUGAUGACCUUCCACACAGCAAUCACUAAAGACUGCAACUAAACUAAAGACUAAAUAAUUUUGAGUAUUUUUUAUUAUUUGUAUUAUAAUUAUG